AUGGGUCACGACUCGAAGCGAAUAGACACGAAACAGCGGUUAAGCGGCAAAGGUCGCACGAGGGAGAAACCUCUCUUGGCAAAAAAACCGAGAACGGGGGCGGCGCCAACCUUCAGCGAGAUUGCUAAAGGUGCUGGUGCUAGGAUACUUGGCGUUCUCAACCGCAGCAGGGAGGACGGGGCUAUCUCCCAUGAAGAGUGGAAGAGAGUAACGGCGGCUAUCUCUUCAGUCUUCCUUAGGGUGGUCAAGGAAAACCCUGGGCCACCCCCAAAAUGCGUUAGUGCCGGCUGGCAUCAUGGGCUGCACAAGCUGACUAGAUGCGCCGAUGAAAGAUCGGCCAUCUUAUACAAGAAGGCAGUCUCUCUGGUGGGGGAGGUUUGGAAGGGGGCCAGACUGGUGGCCGUGGACAAAGAGGAUCUUCCUCUUCGCCCUAGGGCUCGCGUCUGGUUGCCGCCCGAACCGUCCACUGCGAAGGAGAUAGAGGAAAUCCUCAGGUACUGCAACCCCACACUCCCCGCGCAUGACUGGAGGGUUUUAAGGCUGGAGAGAACCGAUGAACCAUAUCGGCAAGCGCUGAUAAUGCUUAACGCGGAGUCCAUCGGUCCUCUCAGCAGAACCAAGGGAGCCAUCAGCUAUGGGUUCGAAAUGGUGGUACUGAAGGUACUCCCAACGGAUGCCAGGGCUGAUGGCGCUCAAACCGCAGAUGCGGGGGAGAAGGGAGAAGGCGUUAGCGAUGGUCAUGCGACCACGGAAAACGACCCAAGCCUCUCGGACGUGGCGAGUACUGGAGGCGGAUCGUCGAUCGGCGACUCCGUUUUCAGCCUCGAACAAUUGUUUGAGGAGGUGAGGGUCGAUCAAGACCUGAGCGCUGAACUGGCGCUUCUAGAGGAUAGUCUGAAGGAUGAGAUUCCUCCAGAUUAACCUCCAUCAUGCAAAGGCGGCUUCCGCCAAUCUACUGCUUCGUCUGGAGCAAGACGAAGCCGAUGUGGUCCUGAUCCAGGAACCGUGGCUAACUAGCAACGGAAUAUCUGGACUAAGGACGAAGAGUCACAAGCUGCUGCCAAGGAUGCAGCAACGCUGACGUAGUUACAGCAAAGCUAGAGUGCGACACCGGGAAUAUCGCUGCGUAUAUGCCUCACGACGAUGAGGUGGGGCCACCUCCCGCAUUACUAAGGAGGACCUUGGAUGAAGCGUCCAGGAAUGGUGCUGAUGUCAUCAUCGGCUCGGACGCCAACUCGCGACACUCGAUCUGGGGGAGCUCGGAUACCAACACUAGAGGUGAGUCGCUUUUUGAUUUUAUUGUUAGCGAAAAUCUUUGCAUCUGCAAUAGGGGAAAUUCUCCUACCUUUGUGACCGCAGGCAGGGAGGAGGUUCUCGAUCUCACCCUAGCCUCACACAGGAUUGCCCCGCUGAUCUCGAACUGGAGGGUUCUCGAUGACCACUCCUUUUCGGAUCAUAGAUAUAUCGGGUUUAGUCUUGACGGAGAAGGUCCUCCUAGGAAAUCGUUCAGAAAUCCUCGAAACACGGACUGGGAAGGUUACCGCAGAAGGCUUCGGCACCGGGGGUGCACACGCUGGCCACCGCCGAUGUGGUGGAUGGGUGGGUCGAGGCUUUCAGCUCGGCGUGCAUCACUGCACUGGAGAGCUCCUGUCCAUUGAAAACACCGAAGGGCAGAGGUAAACCUCAAUGGUGGACUUUGGAGCUCUCGGAAAUUAGGGCGUCCUGUAGACGCUUAUUCAACAAGGCCCGUAGGAGUGGGCUACCCGAUGAUUGGGUCCUGUAUAAAACAGGACUUUCAAUAUACAAGCCCGAGCUAAGAAGGGCUAAGAGGAUCUCGUGGAAGAGAUUCUGCGAAAAAGUGGAGGGCUUUCACGAGUCCUCUAGAUUCAGGCGAAUUCUCGCGAAAAACCCUGUGUCCAUGGGGUACCUUAAGGAUGUAAAUGGGAAAUGGGCGCUGAGCAGUGAAGAGACACUACAGAUGUUCCUUGAUGCUCACUUCCCUAGUAACACGUCCUCUACGGAGGUAUCUCUCGGAGCGUUGAA